AUGUCUGAUCUAGUGCAGGAAAUCGCCGACGUGCCCAAGGAAUUCUUUAGGGAGGGGACCCAGUUCAUCCACAGAUGCACAAAGCCCGAUCGAAGAGAGUUCAUCAAGAUUUCGCAGGCCGUAGGAAUGGGUUUCCUGAUCAUGGGCGCAAUCGGAUACUUCAUCAAGCUGAGUGAGUGGAAUGCCUUCAUCGGGUCUCGCGCAAGACGUUCGGCAUGGACCAUACUAAUACUGCCGCCUUGUCUGCAGUACAUAUACCGGUGA